UUUUCCCACGGUUUUCAGAAGGGCAGUUAUUCCAUAGCACGCCAAUAUUUUUCAGAAAUACCUAAUGUGAUACCUAAGUAAAUAGUAGUAUGCUGAGUCUUACGAGUGUUUGCAGCACAAUACCAGUCCGACUGUUCUACAAUGAUACUGAUACUACAUAGCCUAUAAAUCAUUUGGCAUCAUUAAAGAGAACCUACUGGGAGCAUAAAGAAGUUGCCUCAUAGUAUCUUUACCUCAUUAGACAUUAUAAUUAAAGGUUUCUAUCAUUGCUCCCGUCUCCCACCCUUAUGAUAAACAGUAAUUUUACCAGAUACAGGCAAAAAAAUUAUAAUUGGGCUUGGACAAUAGUUUGCUGUCACAAUCAGUAUAUCAAUAUGGCACACCCACAAUGCUGCUAUAUAAAAUGACAACACUCCACUAUAGUAUUGUCCCUUCAAGUGCCAUCACUUUGCAGGCUGUGGAGGGUAUCACUGUGCUUCAGGAAUCAUGACAAGCCAAUACAAAAGGAGUGGAGGGGUUAGCAGGGGAUAUGGUUCCAGUUUGGCUUCUGGUUAUAGUGUCAAUGUCAGCAGUUCAUCCUAUAGACAACAGAGUGGUGGUGGUGGUGGUGUUAAUGUAGGCUUUGGUGGUGGCCAGGGCAAUGCAUGUUUUUCUGAUGGAUAUGGUGGUGGCUCAGGGGGUGGUUUUGGUGGUGGCUCAGGGGGUGGUUUUGGUGGUGGCUUAGGAGGUGGAUAUGCUGGUGGUUCAGCAGGUGGUUUUGGUGGUGGCUUAGGAGGUGGAUAUGCUGGUGGUUCAGCAGGUGGUUUUGGUGGUGGCGCAGCAGGUGGUUUUGGUGGUGGCUCUGGAGCAGGCUAUGGUUCUGGUGGAUUUGGAGGAGGCUUUGGUGGAGGUUCUGGAGGAGGCUAUGGCUCUGGAAGCUUUGGGGGAGGUUUUGGUGGUGGAUCUGUUGGAAAUGAAGGCCUACUCUCUGGAAAUGAAAAGCAAACAAUGCAAAACCUGAAUGACCGCUUGGCCUCCUAUUUGGACAAAGUCAAAGCAUUAGAAGAUGCAAAUGCGGACCUUGAGGCUAACAUCAAGGACUGGUAUGAUAAGAAUCAACCUGGUUCUACCAGCGCAGGAUCCACUGACUACAGUCAAUAUUACCAAACAAUUGAAGACCUGCAAAAACAGAUACAAACUGCAGCUACGGACAACGCAAGUGUCCUUUUGGCCAUUGACAAUGCCCGAUUGGCAGCAGAUGACUUCAAGAUGAAGUAUGAGAGUGAACUUCAUCUGCGCCAGAGCGUUGAGGCAGAUACCAAUGGCCUCAAAAAGGUCUUGGAUGAGCUGACCAUGAGCAAAACUGACUUUGAGUCACAAAUUGAAAGCCUGACAGAAGAGAUAGACUCCCUCAAGAAGAACCAUGAAGAGGAUACACAGUCUAGCGAGGGGACCACUGUUGGUCAAGUCAAUGUCGAAAUGGAUGCUGCUCCAGGAAAAGAUCUGACAAAGAUACUGAAUGAUAUGAGAGCCGAAUAUGAAGCUCUGGCAGAGAAGAACCGCAAGGAUGCUGAAGACCUGUACAACCAACAGAGUAAUCAAAUAAAGCAACAGAUCACUGUAGGAGUCCAACAGGAACAGACAAACAAGAGUGAGAUCACCGAACUGAGGCGCAGCCUUCAAUCUCUGGAAAUGGAGCUGCAAGCCCAGUAUGCUAUGAAAAAAUCCUUGGAGGACUCAUUGACAGAAAAAGAAAAUGACUACUGCAGGCAGAUAUCCCAAAUCCAGGUGACCAUAAGUGGAGUAGAAGAGCAGUUGGAGCAAAUAAAGAAUGAUACGACCUGCACGAAGUCUGAGUAUGAAGCCCUUUUGGAUGUCAAAGUACUUCUUGAACAGGAGAUUGCGACCUACCAGAAGCUUUUGGAAGAAGGGGAUGUUGAGGCUGGGCAAGAUACAAGUCAAAGCAGCAGAACCACAAGUACUUCUCAGGCUACUACUAGAGCUGGAGGUACCUCAGCCCAGACUUCUAGAGGGUCUACAACUACCCAAACCUCAAGGUCUACACCUUCAACUACUCAAACUUCAAGAGCAGGAAGUGCAGUUUCUGGGAGUGGAGGUUCUAUUGGCUCACGCUCUUCUGGUCAAACAUCUAGUACAGCAUCCUCUUCUGCAACUAGAAGUCAGACUAGCUCUUCUGCUGGUCAAAGCCCAAGCGGAUCAGCUUCUUCUGGAACUGCAGGUUCAAGAUAUGGUGGUCAAAGCUCAGCCUCCGCUGGAUCUGCAAGUCAAAGCUCAGAUGUAAAAACUAGGAGGACAGUAGUGAAAACCGAGACGUACGUUGAUGGGAAGAUAGUGGAUACAACAACUGAAGAGCAUGUAGAACCAGUUAAAUAAGAUGUCAUCCAAAAAGCCAAAUUCAGGAAUCCGCAGGGGCACAGUUAUCCUCAUCUAUCGCUGUUAUGGGUUCUCAGCUUUUCUUCUUGUUUCUCCACAUGCCUACAUGUUUUUUCAUGUCUACCUUUCAUCCAAUAAA